ACGUGAGGAAGGCAAGAUGGCAGACAAGUUCACCGAGUUUGCUGGACGCAUGGGAAAAGCUCCGAAAGGAGUUGGAACUGGCUUAAAAUUUCUAGUCGCAGCCGCAGCAGCUGCAUAUGGAAUCAAGGAGUCUGUUUACACAGUUGAGGGUGGUCACAGGGCCAUUAUAUUCAGCAGAAUUGGAGGAAUCCAAAAUAACAUUUAUACUGAAGGCCUUCACUUCAGGAUACCAUGGUUUCAGUACCCCAUCAUUUAUGACAUCAGGUCAAAACCAAGGAAGAUUAUUUCUCCAACUGGGAGCAAAGAUCUCCAGAUGGUUAACAUUGGCCUUCGAGUGCUUGCCCGUCCUCAAGCAACUAUGCUUCCUGACAUGUACAGAAAAUUGGGGUUGGACUUUGAUGAAAGAGUUUUACCUUCAAUCAUGAAUGAGGUUUUGAAGAGUGUUGUGGCUCAGUUUAAUGCUUCACAGCUUAUCACAAUGCGUCAAGAGGUCAGUCUGUUAAUCAGAAGGCAGUUGACAGAUCGCGCUAAGGAUUUCUUCAUUAUUUUGGAUGAUGUGUCUAUUACUGACUUGAGUUUUGGCCGAGAGUACACAGCAGCUAUUGAAGCGAAACAAGUCGCUCAGCAAGAAGCACAGCGAGCUCAUUACCAGGUGGAAAAGGCAAUACAGGAACGACAGCAAAAAAUUGUACAGGCUGAAGGAGAGGCUAAGGCAGCCACUCUGCUUGGUAAUGCUUUGAAGUCAAAUCCAGGUUAUUUGAAGCUGAGACGGAUACGAGCAGCUCAAAAUGUCUCAAACACGAUUUCAAACUCCCAAAAUAUGGUCUUCUUGGAUGCUGGGGCAUUGAUGUUAAAUGUCAGAGACACAGAUGACAUAGAAGACGACCUGCAAGGGAAAUCAAAGAAGAAAUGAUCACAGACUAGUAAAUGAUGUUGAGGAUCCAUGAUUUGCAAGCCCACCUGCUGGCCUCUGGUGACACAGAUGUUGCUCAAAUUAUACUGCCUCCUGAAGUGUGACAGGGUUUCUAGUCCACUUCUUUGAAUCUUUUUUUUUUUUUUUUU